CAAUUAUUAAAAGGAAAAACUUAAAGUACAAAAUUUAAAAUAAUGAAAGGACUAAAGAGAUGGAGCCAACCUUUAGGUAUGUUUGCAUCAUGUCCAGGAGAAUUUGAAGAGUUCAAAAAAUGCUUUAUAGAUGUAAUGGAUAAUGUUAAUAAAUAAAAUAGGCAAGUGAUCUAUAAUACAGAUAAGAAGACAUAGAGAAAUUUAGGUCUGAAAAUAAUAUUACAAUAAUAAGAAAUGGGGAAUAGGAUAAUAAUAUAAUAUAACCAUUUUUAGAUUGGAAGCAUUUUCCAUUGGGAGCACCAGAGUUCGAAUAACCAACAGCAAUAUAAUCAGAAGGUAUUAAAAGAAUAUGAUAUAUAAAUAUAGUGAUACCAAUAAUAUUAUCUGGUAGAAAUACUUAAGCCAUAGCUUAGACUGGAUCAGGUAAGACUUUAGCUUAUUUGUUACCUGCAUUGGUACAUUUAGAAUAACAUGUGAUGAAAAAAGAAUCACCUUAACCAAAAUUACUUAUUUUAGUACCAACAAGAGAAUUGGGUGUAUAAAUAUAUGAUUAAUUACUUUAAUUAAUUGAAUAUUAUUAUGGAAAUAAGAAAUAGAAUGAGAAGGAGAAUGCUCCUAAUUUAUAAAACCUUAAAUUAGUUUGUAUUUAUGGUGGUAACCCAAAUAAGAAAUAGUAAGUGGAAUUGAUUCAGAAGGGAGUUCAUGUUAUUGUUGCUACUCCAGGGAGAAUGGUAGAAUUAAUAGAAGAAGGAAUGGUAAAUCUAAAUAAGAUUACUAUGCUUAUAUUAGAUGAAGCUGAUAGAAUGUUAGAUAUGGGAUUUGAACCUUAAGUAAGAGAUAUUGUAUCUACAAUAAGAGAAGAUAGAUAAACUAUAUUGUUAUCAGCAACAUGGCCUAAUGAAGUUUAAUAAUUAUCAAUGGAAUUUUGUAAUAAUCCAAUCUUGGUUAAAAUUGGUAAAGGUGCACCAAUUACAUAAAAAAUUAUAUGUACUGGAUAAAAAGAAAAGUUACACGUUCUUAUGAAUGUUUUAGAUGAUUUAAUUUAUACAGAUAAAGUAUUAAUAUUUGCUGAAACUAAAAAGAGAUGUGAAGAUCUUAGUUAAAGUCUUACUAAAUAAGGAUAUUUCUGUAUAUCACUUCAUGGUGAUAAAUCAUAGGAUUAAAGAGAUGCUAUUAUGAAAUAAUUUAAGGAUUCUAAUACUAGAUUAAUAUGUGCAACUGAUAUUGCAUCAAGAGGAUUAGAUGUUAAGGAUAUUACUGUUGUUGUUAAUUAUGAUUUCCCUAAAUCUUUUGAUGAUUAUAUUCAUAGAAUUGGUAGAACUGGUAGAGCAGGAGCUCAUGGUAGAAGUUUCUCUCUUUUAUCAUAUGAAAAAGAUGAGGGAAUUCUUGCUGAUUAAAUCAUAACUUAUCUUAACUCUUGUAAUUAAGAAGUUAAUGCAGAAUUACUAGAAUUUAAAGAUAAAGCUUCAAAAAUUAAGUAGGAAAGAUAACAAAGAAAACUUUAAUAAUAUAUUGAUAAUUCUAAUCAAAGUAAUAUUCCAAAUUCUAUUUAUCCUCCUAAUAAUUUUGGAUAAACUUCAGAAAUUAAAGAAGAUAGUUUUAAUAAAUGGGAAGCUAAGUAAUUCAAUCCAAAUUAUUAAAAAAAACCUUAUCAUAAACAUAGUCGUAGUGAAUACAAUGAAGAUCAUAAGAAUGAAUAAUUAUAAUCAUAUUAAUAAUAAUAAUCAAGAAAUUAUAAUAUGGAUUUCAAAAAUAAAUAAUUAUAGGAUAGAUAACUAUAGGAUAGAUAAUCAUUAAUAUAAACAUAAUAAUAAUAGUUCUAAUCUAAAAAAAAUAUAAAUGAUUCACGAUAAGUUAAUCUUAGAAAUCAAUUUUCAGAUGCUGAUAUCAUUAAACCUACAGAAGCUAUUCAAGAAUUAGAUCUAAAAAACUAUAAAUUAUUGCCCCAAUUUUAAGAAGAUAAUAAAACUAAUUCAUUUAACACCAAAUGGAAUAAUGAAUAAAAUUCUAAUUAAAAAAUAUUUAAUAUGGACUUUAGAAAUGAUACUGAUCAUUAAAAUAAAAAAAAUAAUGAAUCCUAAUUUUAUAAUGAUAAAUAUCUUAAUCACAUCAAACCUGAUAGACCUUAUAAUAAUGAUAAAAAUCAUAAUAACAAUUAAAGAAAUUAUGAUAAAAAUUUUAAUAAUAAUCAUGAUAGACCAAAUAAUAAUUUUGAUAGAAAUCAUAAUGAAAGAAAUAAUUUUGAUAGAUCUAAUAAUGAAAGAAAUUUUGUAGAUAAAAAUAAUAAUAAUAAUAAUAAUGAAAGAAAUAAUUUUGAUAGAUCUAAUAAUGAGAGAAAUUUUGUAGAUAAAAAUGUUAAUAAUAAUAAUGAAAGAAAUAAUUUUGAUAGAUCUAAUUUUAUAGAUAAAAAUAAUAAUAAUGAAAGAAAUAAUUUUGAUAGAACUCAAAAUGAAAGAAAAUUCAUAGAUAAAAAUAAUAAUAAUGAAAGAAAUACAUUUGAUAGAGCCAAUAAUGAGAGAAAUUUUAUAGAUAAAAAUAAUAAUAGUGAAAGAAAUAAUUUUGAUAGAUCUAACAAUGAAAGAAAUUAUAUUGAUAAAAAUAAUGAAAGAAAUAAUAAUGAGCGUUUUAAUAAUGAAAGAAAUAAUAAUGAAAGAUAAAAUGAAAGAAAUAAUAAUGAAAGAUACAAUGAUAGAAAUAAUAAUGAAAGAUAUAAUGAAAGAAAUUUUAAUGCAAAUAACUAUGAUAAAAAUGAAAGAAAUUUUAAUAAUAAUAAUAAUUUUGAUAGAACCAAUAAUGAAAGGAACUUUAAUAAUAAUUCUUCUUAUCCUGCCAGAAAUUUCACAGGAGGAAAUGACAAAAAUUUUAAUGAAAGACCUUCUUAUAUCAAUAAUGAUAAAUAUUCUAAUAAUAAUAAAUAGAUCAAUUCGAUUUAAAAUGAUAGAUAAUUUAAUACAGAAAAAAUUUAAUAUAAUGAUUAAAACUUUGAAAAUGAUGACAAAAAUUAAAGUAAAUAAUACAAAGAACUUUCAAAAUCAGAUUUUACAAAAUAUCAAAAUAUGAAGGGUUAAUAAAAAUGA